GGUGUGAGGGCAGGGACUGAGCCGGCCCGGCCCGGCCCGGCUCGGCGGCGGCAGCAGCAGCACCAUGUCGGGCCCGAGCGCCGUGUCGGACCCGCAGCACCCGGCGCGGCUGCUGCGGGCGCUCAGCUCGUUCCGGGAAGAGACGCGGUUCUGCGACGCGCACCUGGUGCUGGAGGGCGAGGAGAUCCCGGUGCAGAAGAACAUCCUGGCGGCCGCCAGCCCCUACAUCAGAACAAAAUUGAAUUACAAUCCUCCAAAGGACGAUGGCUCAACGUACAAGAUUGAACUCGAAGGAAUAUCUGUUGAUAUCAUGAAAGAGAUACUAGAUUACAUCUUCAGUGGGCAGAUCAGGCUAAAUGAAGAAACUAUCCAAGAUGUGGUACAGGCAGCUGAUCUCCUGCUGCUUACAGACUUAAAAACUCUCUGCUGUGAGUUUUUAGAAGGUUGCAUAGCUGCUGAGAACUGUAUUGGUAUUCGGGACUUUGCACUGCACUAUUGUUUGCAUCAUGUUCACUACCUUGCCUCAGAGUAUCUGGAAACUCACUUUCGAGAUGUCAGCAGCACAGAGGAAUUCUUGGAACUGACUCCUCAAAAACUGAAAGAAGUGCUGUCGAUGGAAAAGCUCAAUGUUGGAAACGAAAGAUACGUCUUUGAAGCAGUGAUAAGGUGGAUUUCUCAUGAUUCAGAAUCCAGAAAGGUCCACAUGAAGGAUGUCAUGUCGGCAGUGUGGGUGUCGGGCCUGGACGCGGCGUAUCUGCGCGAGCAGAUGAUGAGCGAGCCGCUGGUCCGCGAGAUCGUCAAGGAGUGCAACAACAUCCCCCUGACGCCCCCGCAGCAGGGAGAGGCCAUGCUGGCCUCCUUCAAGCCCCGGGGCUACUCCGAGUGCAUCGUGACUGUUGGGGGGGAAGAGCGAGUAUCACGGAAACCAACCUCAGUGAUGCGGUGUAUGUGUCCUCUUUAUGAUCCCAAUAGACAGCUCUGGAUUGAACUUGCUCCUAUGAGUAUUCCAAGGAUCAAUCAUGGAGUAUUGUCAGCAGAAGGAUUUUUAUUUGUGCUUGGUGGUCAGGAUGAAAACAAGGGAACGCUAAGCUCUGGAGAGAAAUAUGAUCCAGACACCAAUUCAUGGAGUUCCUUACCACCAAUGCAUGAGGCACGACAUAAUUUUGGUGUGGUAGAGAUUGAUGGGAUUCUGUAUAUUCUGGGAGGUGAGGAUGGUGAAAGGGAGCUGAUCUCUAUGGAGAGCUAUGAUAUUUAUAACCGGACCUGGACCAAGCAGCCAGACUUGACCAUGGUUAGAAAGAUUGGCUGCUAUGCAGCUAUGAAGAAGAAAAUCUAUGCAAUGGGUGGAGGCUCCUAUGGAAAACUCUUUGAAUCUGUGGAGUGUUACGACCCCAGGACUCAGCAGUGGACAGCAAUCUGUCCUCUCAAAGAGAGGAGAUUUGGGGCAGUGGCCUGUGGAGUUGCCUCCGAGCUUUAUGUAUUUGGUGGGGUCAGGAGUCGUGACGACAGCCAAGCCAGUGAGAUGGUGACGUGCAAAUCUGAAUUUUAUCAUGAUGAGUUUAAAAGGUGGAUUUAUCUAAAUGACCAGAACCUAUGUAUCCCAACUAGUUCUUCUUUUGUGUAUGGAGCUGUGCCCAUCGGAGCCAGCAUAUACGUGAUUGGAGAUCUCGAUACAGGUACAAACUAUGACUAUGUUAGGGAAUUUAAGAGAAGCACGGGCACCUGGCAGCGCACUAAGCCGCUGUUCCCCUCGGACCUGCGCCGGACCGGCUGCGCAGCGCUGCGGAUCGCCAACUGCAAACUCUUCCGACUGCAGCUCCAGCAGGGGUUGUUCCGCAUCCGCGUACCUUCUCCGUGAUCCGUGUGCUGGCAGGGGAGGAGACUGGAAGAGUUCUGCGCAGUCCACCAUAAUCUAGCUCUAUUUAAAGGAAAAGCUGAGAAAUUACAGCUGAAACUUACACUGUAUGCUGUGCUUUGGUAUGGUAACUGUUUUUGUUUUAAAUGCUUACAAAGCUUGAGUCUCAGUACUUGUUUCGGGAACAAAUAACUUAAGUACACAUUAAAAAGAAGAGAAGGGGGAAAAUAAAAGGGGAGAUCAAGGAAACACCUUCAGUCGUAACUAUUUGGAGUUUAAACCAUGUUAUUGAAGGAGGAUUUUUAUGUCUGAAACUGGUGGAAAUGUGUUUCCUUUGGUGAAGCUUAUUGAAAAGCAAAAAAUAGAUUUCAGGUGCAUUUCCCCUGCGGGGAACGGAUACGAAUCCAUGUGCUAUCUGGGACUGGAUAGCUGUAAUACACAGAAGCUACACAAUAACCAGCCUCCCUGGCGUGCUGCUGUUGGAGCAUGAGGCCACAGGAGGUGUUGGUCGUUGCACCUUUUAUUUCUAGUCCUUUCUCAAAAGAUAAGGUCUGUGCCUAAAAAAUGGUGGAGGUGUGUACGUACGGUUUUUCAUUCAUUUGCAACGGUUUCAUUCUGACAAAUAUUUUUAAUAUAUAUAUAUAAAAUGGACUAAUCUGAAAUGGAUACACCCCAGAAAAUGGAUGCAAUACACCACAAAGAAGUAAACUUUUUUCUACGCUGUCAUUCAAGUAGCCUGAUGAACUGGUCUGCAGGUGGGUGGCAUGCGCUUCUGGGUGGGCUUUGGUGGCUGUUUUCCUUGAGGUGAAAAGGGAAGACGUGUUUGGAAUGGUUAGUGAUGAUUGCUGCUUUUGGUAAGAGCAAAAGGACAAAUUAAAUAGAUCGUGUUCCUUUUUACUUCAGAUUGCUUGCAAGCUAAGAAUGGUUUUUAAGACAGGAUAGUAGAAAGGUGCAUUUUAUCACUCUUAGAACAAAGGUGAAAUAUGACACGGAUAUAUUUAUUUUGCAAAAAACAUGGGUUUUGACUAAGAGUUAAGGAAAAUUUGUACAGUGACUUUAAAUUGGGAUCAAAAGUUGGUUUACUAAUGAUUUCUGUGCUACAGUACAGUCUUGUUUACUGCUGUCUGACUUUGAAAGCUGGGUUUUAUGGUGUGGUUAUAGUGAAGAACUUAGUAUCUUGCAUUUUAUUCUUACUAAGCCUUGUUCACAUCAGUAGUGAUAUUUAAUUGACUUUUGUUUGUAGUCAAGAUCAGCUGGUAGAACACUUUUACCUCAAUUUUUAAUUUCAUUGUUGUUGUCAUGGGUGGGACAUUACCUGUAUUUAUUUAAAAGGAAUAAAAUGGGAGAGAUGGAAAAUAGAAAUAAUACCUCCUGCCCUUCAGAAAAAGAGACUUUGUACAACCAGUAUUAUAACUACAUACAAGACUUUCCACUCUGCAACUUUGUGGACCUCAGACAAGCCAAACUCUGCCCUCAGUUGUGUUAGUGUAAACCUUCAUCUUCUUUAUUGAAUCAUCUUACAUAUGUUGAAAUAUGAUCCCUAACUAUUUCAAAAUACCGGUAUUUCACUAAAUAGUCUUUAAAGAGCCAUUCUGAAACUUACUUCUGCUCAGUCCUUCCAUAGCACUGAUGUGUGGUUGGAAUUACUCUGAUUUCUGAGCAAAGGAGUGAGGGGGGCGUGGGGAAAAGGGCAGCAGCCAAUCCAUUGACCAUUAUUUAUUUUUUUUUUAUUUUUUACAAUGCUGAAGUGCUGCAAAACUUGAACUAUAUACAUCGAUUUUCUCACCUAUAUUAGUUGGCAUAUUGAAAAGUUUAUAUAUUUAUGCAUUGCAGUAAACUUGGUGUGUGUAUAUAUAUAUGUCUUUAGAUUUUAAAUUUAUAUAUAAUGCUUUACUACAGAAAUGUGAACCACUAUUUCCAUCCUUGGCUGUCUUGUGAAAUAAAUCAAGUGCUGUUAGUUUAUCUGUAAAACUUCCCUUUUUUUGAAAAAUCUUACAUGGAUCAAUUUUUUUUUUCUCAGACAAAGUGCCAAGAUCCCAUAUUCAAAAGUGAUGAAUGUUCCUAAGUAUCUGAUGUUUCACUUUUGAGCUCAGUUUUCUAAGUGGCUUGGAAAACUUGCGAUAACGUUAUUCAGAAUAUUGCCAGCUGCUAUCUCCCGAGUCCCUGUAGCUUCCCAGUACACUUGAGGGCAUUCAGCAUCCAGAAAACGUAAGUGAUAAAUGCACAUGGUAAAUCCAAGUAAAUUCUCUAGCAGUGUUUUGCAGUAAAAGUUACUGAACUGAAUGUUUACACUUAGAGUAGGAUUAACACUAGGUGUUCUUAGUUUGUUUUUUUUAAAAAAACCCCAUAAAUAAACCAAACAAAUCUACUGGUGAUUAAAACAUAUUGCAAAUGCACUCAGUGAGAUUUGACCAAGAAGUUUAAGCCUCUGUACCUAAACCAGUCACAAGCUGAAUUUCUGAGCACAUUGUACUCGUGUCACGUUUUGUGUGGCUGGGGACCAAGUCUCCAGCCAUGGUCUCCAGGAGUUUUGGGUGCAUGCUCAAGAUUUAGGCACUCCUGGGAUCUCAAAACUGGCUUCCUUGGCCUUGCCUAAGGGGAUGGGGACCAUUCCCCAUCUGCAUUGCCUGUGGGACUGAUCCAGGAGCUGCUCUAGCCCCUGUGUGUGCAGGAGGGAAGGGAUGUGUCUUCUGGGUCUGGCUCCUGUCCGUCUGUCUGUCCAGCUCUGAGCUGUGGGUGCAUCCCUUGGAUUGUGUAAUAACCAGGUUCGAUUUCCCUCUGAAUUUGGAGCAAGGCUUUGAAGCCACGGCUCCCCUUUCUCCAGGGAUUGCGCUGGUGAUGGUGUAGGAGUGAAGAGGCAGAGCUGACCUCUGGCUUCUCUCUUUUCAGAAGGGAUGGUUGACUUCAGAAGGGGAGGGAGGCUGUGAUGAUACCAGAGGUGCUGAGAGGAGGGAGGUCACCAGUUUGCUGAGUGUGCUGAACGUGCAAGCAGCUGUAGAUUGAACUGGGUUCACUGGUAAAUGCCACCACCUAGCUGUCCCCAGUCUCCUGGCGCUGUGUACCCCUGCACAUGAUGGCUGAACCACAUGGGAAACAACUCAGGAAUUUUUUUGAGUUGCAGUCCAGGGGUUUUAGGUGGUUUGGCAGUUUAGAAACAUGUUUAAGUUGUCCUUGUUUGGCACGGUGGCCUUAAUUCCUCCCAGCUCAUGAGUUGGCACUGACAUUCAGCCAGGUCCUCCACAGGUAACUGUUUGAGUGUUUUUCCUGGCCAGCUGUUCAUGCAGGAUAAAGACUGGCUGGGCCACCUUGAGCUUGAGGGACUUGGGCUGGGCCUCUGCAUCAUUUUCCUUGCCCUGCUGAGGAAUUUACACAAACCCCAGCCACUGAAAUCAGAAAAUCACCAAAUACGGGGUAGGAAUUGUGGAAGAUGGGAAGAGUGGUGGCUUUUUUCUCCCCUCACUCCAUCUCUUAGCACAAUUUCCCCUCAAAAAGUUUCUUCUUCCUUUUUUUCAUGUGCCACAGACAAUUUUGGAAAAAUUUUGGAAUUGCUAAUUUUAGAUUAAAAGUGGGGGGAAAAAAUAUAUGCUACUGUAAACACACAGCAGUGUCCUCUGUGCUUGUUUUACACAUGUAGUCUUGUGGCUGCUCUGCACAGCAGAGAGGGAUUACAGAAACAAAGGUGUAAAGUGCUGUUGCUCUCAUAAAAUAAAUCUCUUGAGUUUCUGAGGGAGGCACAUGCCUGGCCUGGCUCCCUUCCUUACCUGACCCGGACAGAUGCUUGUAUUCCUAAAGAGUCAGGGUUGGAUUUCAGAUCCUCUCCCUUUCUGGUUUUAUAACCUGAAGAAGAGGCAUCCUGAAGAGUCUUCUGUUUUGCUGUAUCACAGCAAGGUCUGAUUGUCCUUAAAUAUUUUGUCAGCUAGUCCCUAAGUUUUAGUUAUUGUGAAAGUGCUGUGUCAACCCAGCUGCUUCUGGUCAAAUGGAUUUCUGUAGCUUUGAGGGUACUGCAUCUUUAAAUUGAAGGCAAAUUAAUACGAAAUUACGCAAAAGGACAGAGGUGAAUCUGAAACCAAAAGAAACUCAAAAUCAGCUCACUGAUAGCUGUGGGCAGGCUGUGUCCCUGGUGUUUGACUGCACAGCACGUGCCUGGCACACAGCCUGCCUCCAGAAGCAGAGAUCUUGAUGAAAAUAAGAGGCUUUUAUCAAAGCUACUGAACUGCCUGGCUUAUAAACUCCCCCUCCAGAACACACCAGGCAGCUUGGUUGCUUUGCAAUAUUUCCUGUGCCUGCAUGACUCAGAAAAAUGCACAGGAGUGAGGGGUUUGGGGAGGUUUUUCCCUGUUUUAACUGCAGUUUCUUUAUUUUUUCCAUAAAUGCUGUGGCCAUGCAGCCUGCAUGGGCUCUGCUACCGUGCAUGUGCCAUGCAAAGUGGAGGAUGCAAUAACAAAUGCAAGUUGUUACAAGUGCCAAACUUUUGGGUUCUUCUGUGUAUAACAAUAAUUCAACUGUUUUACUAAAAUACAGAGAUGCUUAAAAUUCACUGUGUUCCAAAAAAGUGCAGUGGUUCUUUUUUUUUUUUAAUGAAUGCUAUUGAAAGCAAUGUAAAUCUACUUUUUUUUUUUUAAUACCUUUCUGCAGGUUUGUGUUACACUUCACAGCUGCCUUGAAUAUCACUCCAUGUGAUGCAUAUGGACACUUUGCUCUUUAUUAGAGCUCUGGUGCCAUGCAAGUAUAUAAUAAAAGGCAUCUGACAACAGGCUUUAGUAUUUAAAAUUAUAACUCUUUAGAUUAAGUACAAUUUGUUUGCAUUAACUGACCUGCAGAAGGGAAGCUGUGCCUCGGGAAGUGUGCUCUGCCCAGGAACACAGGCAGACUGACCAUUGUAACUGAGGUCUGGUUUGGUGCCACUCAGAGCAAUGCUUUCCAAGGAAUUCUGUUUAAUUUAGGGUUAAAUGGAUCCUUUCUGCCUCUAAUUUAGCACUGAGUUUUUGGGGGUUGUGUUCUCUUUAGCUCUUUGGAGUACUUAAACGGCUGCUCCAGGUGGGUGGGAGGGGUGUUAAUUGCAUCCGUGUUUGUAGAAGCUGCUAUUUCCAUCUUCCCUCGGAGUAUUUCCUUUUCCCAUUCAGGACUGAGUGCAGGCCUGUGUUUCAGUCGUCACUGCUGCAGCCUUUUGACAUUUGCCAUUUUCUGUUGCUCUUCCUUGUUUUUUCUUGGAGCUGGGAGCUGUGUCUGUAGGGUCUGUGUGUCCAGGGCACAUUGCCUGUGAAAGAGGAGCACAGAGCUUGGGAAGGUGAGCCUGGAAAAGCUGAAGGCAGCGGGGCUCGGGGGAAGCUCUGCUCGUUUUCUGUAGGGGUCACCUCUGUGUGCUCUGAAGUUUAUUAAUAAGUUUGGCACUUGCUCUCCAUCAUCCCUAUGGAGUUUGGUGGGUUUUUUUUUUUCUUUUUUCCCUGGGAAAUUCCUUGCUGUAGGAAGGACUGCAGCCAGGGUUUAAGGUGACACCUCUGACCAGCCAUGCCCAACAUGACUCUGCAGUCUGACUGCUGCUCUGCUCCAGUGAUCAUUUCUCUCAACAUUUUGACUAACAGGUUACCUAAAAACAUAGACUAAAGCCAUGCAAAGUGCCCAGCUAGAUAAACACCUGCUUAAAAGGAUUAAGGGUAGUAGGAGAAUUAAACUAUGUACUGCUACCAACAGGUGAUGAUGUUGAAAAUUUAUUGGUGAUACAAAAUCUGAAUAAUAUUUUUUAAAAUUACUUAUUCUAGGUAACUGCUUCUUAGUUAUAAAAGAAUUUGCAAUACAUAAAGGAUUGGUAUAGAAUAAUAUUCGGAGGUUAUUUUAAAUAAUCUACUGAAAUGUCUUGAAAAGUGAGCUGGAAGAUGGGAGCUUUUCAAUGGAAAAGGCUAAAUCUUGGUGCCCAGCAGUUUUGCAUGGUGAGCAGAGAACACCUGCCACAGCACUUCAGUACAUGAAGCUGCUCAAUGCCACUGCCUACCUGUGCCCUUGAAUUUGCAUAAUGAAACCAGGCUGUUCUGAGCCCUGGUGAAAGCCGAUAGAUGAUUACAAUAAUAGGAUAGAAAGAAGCAUCCCCUGUGUAAUUAGUGUUAUUUUAUUGAUAAAACAUGAAUUAUUAUUAUUUUUUUAAUACCGGGACUUUUGAAUUACCAGCUUAGGCCCUUGACUGAUUGCUUGAUUGAUUUUCUUUGCCUUUCCUCCAUUUUUUUUUUAGUUAACGCUAGGACAUCCUCAGUUUUGGUUGAGGGCAAGUUUCUUUCAUCUGUAGUUCUAAACCCUGUCAGAGCCUGACAGAUCCCCUGCCACAGGCUGUGCACUUGUUUCACAAGUGUGAUUUCUGUGCAUUGUGUUAUUGGGCUGCCACCUUUGCCACCUGCAGAGCAGAAAAAAACCCCUGUGGAACAAUUUUGUACCUGCUGAAAGCAAGAGCCAUUUUGGAAAGUCUAAAUUUCUGUCUGCAAUAGGCAGUGUGCUACAGAAACCUGAUCCCUGGCUGGGCUUGAGCUUCUCUCCUCAAUGAUCUCACAUGCAAAAGCUUUGGGUUUUAUUAAUCUGCUUUAUUAAUUUACACAUGAUAGCAGGAAAGCAUUAUCAUUCCUGUCACUUGUUUUGCUGUUUUUAAGUCUUAGAAAGCAAAGCCUGCUUAUUUAUUAGAAUGAAUAAACCAGCACACGGGGAUAUCUGCCAAGGUGGUCAAGUUAAACGCAGCUGACAUUCUGUACAGCUCUUGCUAUAGUUUCUUUCUGAAGGGAAGCCAGGGAGUGCCCUCUUAAGAAAUAUUUUCAAACUCUUUCAGAACUGAUCUUAAACUAGUCCAAAGGACUCCUCUGGAUUGCUUAGAGAACAUGGGGUUUGUUCUAGCUUUUGUUUGCUUCGGGAAACACCUGCAAAGUCCAUUUUAAACUUUUUUUUUUUUUCCCCCCUCUUAAAUCCUUGACUUCCAAAACCUGAGUAGUUUGCUUCUUGCAAUUGAAACAUGUUUGUAUUUAAGGGUCUGAGGCUGCGUUUUGCAAUGUAUGGUGAGUGUUCUGUCCUGUCUUGGUUACAUGAUGUAAACAGCAAGCUGUGUUCUGGGGGCCUCCUGAGAGGUCCUUUACAGUGCUAGGGGAUGGAGAAGGAUCAGUACAAGCUUCUCCUCAUACUGCACAAGCCUUGCUGGGAGUAUCAGAUGGGGCAAGAGGCUGGGUUUGGUGCAGAACUCGUGGAAUUGCCACCGCUGGCUGCCCUCGGUGUUUGAACCCCCAAAGCUCAUCAGGGGCACGUCCUGGGCGUUCCAUGCACGAUGUUUCCUCUCGCCUCAGGUGUUUUUUCUUUUGCUCUUAUUAACAGGAUUUUGCUUUCACUCUCCCUCUGAACACAUGGGCUGUGCCCAUGGUCCCUGGGAGCACAACUCCUGUGGGUCAGAGGGUGGCCACACCAGCUUGCUCCCUGUGGCUUUCUGCACAUCUCUGCACAUCAGUGUGUGUGGGGGCAGUGCUUAGUACACAAUGAAAUGACUUUUCAUUGAGCUUGUAAAACUGAUGCCAGCAGGUCAGAGAUCAGCUGAACACCUGUAAGCAAACCUGCAGGCAGAGCAGGUGUAGCCCAGUCCCUCAUGUGUGUCACUGUGGCUGGAAGCCUGGCGCCUUGUCCAGGGGGAAAAGCCCCUAUUCCCAGCUACCUCAUUUUUUCUUUCCUUGCACUUUGUCAAAUAUUUUUUGUUUUGUUUUGUUUUAAAUUGCAUUUUGUCCUUCAAUUUAAAAAAACCUAAAAGCAGACAAGAAGCAGGACAGAAUGGUGCCAUUGCCCAAGGACAGUUUACUUUAAUUUCAUUUAAAAUUAAUGUUUCUGUACAAAAAGACCAAGGUUGACCUGCAGCUGCUGUAAAAAGUAAAUAAAAAUUUCUAUUACUUGAAAGUGACUAUUAUACUUGGAAAUGAGAGUAGAAAUUGAAAGGCUGUUCUGAUGAUUUUUAAAUAGGAAAAGAUCUGUUUAAAAAAUAGAAGUUUCUGCUCUUUUAAGGACAGAUCAGAUAGUUUUCUGUCUGCCUCUACUCUGCUCUCACUGUUUUGCCUGUGAACUUGAUCCAUUAUUUUAAUAGAGAGAUUCACUGAUUUUUCUGUGAUGUCUGAUUAGAUAUUUUUCUGUGGAGUUCCCCAUUUAAUCAGCUGCAGAGGAAAAACUGCAAAAAUCAAUACCCACCUUCCAUACCUGAACUUACAUCAUUGCCCAUUUCUUUGUGAUCUUCAGGUAUGUGGGGUUUUGCUUAGACUGAAGAAAUUUUUUAAAAAGUGUGUUUUCUUCUGCUUCUAAAGGUGCUAUUUUGACAUAGUUUUGAAUUUCUUACACUGUGCUUGACUUCUAAAAGUACCAAUAUAAGCUGGUAAUCAGCUUGUGUUUGUUCUGUGGAGUUUUUCUUUGAGUAUUCAAUCUCUUUUUUAAAAAGCAUCCCUUUUCAUAAAGACGGCUUCCAAAGUGUCAAAAGCCUUAAUAAUACAAAAUGUCAUAGGAAAAUGCUACCUUUUUCCUUUCUUUGUAAAGGAGAAACCAAGAAAUGCUUCACGGAGAACAUUUUCCUCUAAAAUUUUGAGGAGCAGCUCAUACUAACUUUGAAUUCAAUGUAGCAAACAUUUUAGUGGCCAUGCACAAAUAGUGGGGGUGAAACAAGGAGGUAUUCAUGCCUCUGCAGACUGUACCAAUUAGCUGCUAAUUCCAGAGCCUUCCAUUAGCAUCAUGGUGGCUAUUCCAUAAAUAUUAAUCUUCCCAGGCUCAGUCCCAAGACCCGGCUGCGUGUCUGGGACAUGCUGACCCGUGUGGCUGGCAGAGCAUUGGGAUGUUGGGCCCAGUGUGGGGUUUGCCUCAGACCCCUCCUGCUCAGCCCCCCAGAGUUUGGGUGCCACUGGUGCUCAGGAGGAAGGAGGGAAGCUCCCAAGAGCUGCCAUUGCAGUGACAUUGGCUUGGUCACUCCGAGGAGAGGCUCUUGUAGACACAAGCCAUGGAGGAGAGAGCUGAAUUUUAGUCCUGCAUAGGAACUUUUUUGUUGUACUUUUUGCACUGUCUUUAUUUUUGUUUGAUCCACAUCAUCAGUCUGGUUUAGGCAUUUGGUAACACUGCUACAGGAAGAUUUUUCCUUCUCUGGAGCCCAUAAAGUCCUACUGCUGCCCUGUCUGAAGCAGCAGGAAGGAUCAAGGGUUGAUGUUUGAACUUGUCCCAUCUCCAGACAGCAGGUUAUUUAUUGCCUUCUCGUAGGCUCUGCAGUCCCAGUGCUGUAGCAUUUCUCAGUCUCGUUAAUCUAAGAGCCCUUUAGCCUUUUGAAAAGAAUCCAGAGACUGCCUUGUCCUUCUCCUCCUUCACACACCGGGUGCUGCCCUCUGGACCAUCUGAACUCAUCCAGGCUGUCACUGUAGAGGAGCCACCAGUUGGUGGCCUCACAGCAGUAUCUGUGUCACCUGCAGCACUUCUGAAAAACAGCUGAUAAAUGAGGGGCCAUGGAGAAGCUCUACUGAGCUUGCAAAUUCCUGAUCCUCUCCUUCUAGGGAAGGCAGAAGAGCAGCAUCAUUCUUUGCCUUGCAGCUCCUCCCUGCUGCACAGGUAAGGAUGAGUCUGCACUGUCCCUUACUUAAGGGUAAGAUAUAAAGCUUUAUGGGCUGUUAUAGGAGAUCCACUCUUUUGCAUUUGUUGUAUUUAAAUCUGAAAGUUCUGGAGCAAUGGAACGGUGGGUUCUGGAACUAUGUCUGCAGUGUGGAACCACAGGUACUGGCCUAAAUAGCUGGGGAGCUUCUGGCCACCUGUUCUUCCACUGCACUUUUUUUUUGUUUUUCUGAGAAACCAGAGAUGUGAAACUGCAUCCCAGUUUGUAUGCCCACUGCUUCAUAAUCCAAAGUGGGAGCCUGACAAGCUGAAAUUGUUCUACUCUUAUCUUCAGAAGGAAAAACUAAAAUUUCUUCACAUUAGAUGCUUUAUUUUCAGAGUUUUCCCUUUGUAAACCACAUUUAUCAAGUUCCAUGAAUCUUGUGGGAUUGGGUUAAAGAAUAUGAAUACAUAUUAUAUGAAUGAUAAAUAGUGUACUUAGUCUGUACAAAUACUCUAUUUUAUCUUAAGAAAAUGAAACAACUACAUUGAAUAAUCCAAUUAUGAUAUCUGUAUUCCAUGAACCAACUAGUAGGAGAGUGUUGGAAUGUGAUGCCACAUUGCUGCCACUCUCCUAAAGGUUCAGUGUUCCGUCAAAUCUAAGAUCUUGAUAAUUACCAGGAUAUUGUCAGAAUAUAUUGCCACUUUUUCUACAAAAGGUAUGUUGGUGUGGUGAGGUAAAAGCACACUCACCUCUUGUUUACCAUCUCUGGCAUGCAGCUCAACAGCAAGGGUUGUUCCCAUCAUCCAGCUGUCAUGCUCUGACUCCUGUAUUACAGAUGUGGUUACUGUUACAGGCGUUUUAUGUGAGUAUGUGUUCUGUGGGUCCUUCUGUGCUUUGUGUGGGAAUGUAGUUUUAGCUUUUAUUUAUGUGUCCACCCCAAAAUCUUCAUGUGCUGCUUUAGAAAUGAAUUGAUGAAUCACUUGGGGCCAAGGUUUGGAAUGCUCUGACUGGAGUAUGUUGAGUUACUUCUGUUAAAAACAGGGAAAAAUAAGACAUAGAUGCUCUUUGACCUCAAUCAAACUAUGCAAUACAGCACAUGAGAGAGCUGAAUUCCUUGUGAUACAGAAGUGCAGCUCCUGUGUCCUUCCAAACCCAGUCCUUGGUCCAAGGUUAGGAGAGCUUGUACUCAAUGGCUGCCCAAGAAUCUUGUAUCCAGAUAAACUCUAGUUCACUGCUUUUCCUCCUGCCCCCUUGCCUUGCCCAGCAGUUUAUCUGGGUCAGGUUGUUGGGUGUUUUGGCUCGGAAUGACGUGAUUUCCAGGUGUGUCCCUCCUGUCGUCCCGUGGUGUUGUCAACUGGAGCUUGUCCUGUAACCCCACCAGUGUGGCUUUACCCGCUGGGGCCACUUCACCAUGUGUGCAUCUCCCUGCCCUAGAGCGUGUUGGGCAUUUGGGGUUUGCUGUGCCCCCCCGGGUUGAUGUUUUCUUGCUUCCCCUGUGUCAGUCAGUUGUGGGUCUGGUGCUUACAGUAAAGAAUCCCUGUGGCGUUUCAAAUCCAGUCCAAAUAAGUUUUCAUUUCUGCCACUUUUGUGUGUGUGACUUUUCUUUUUCUGCUUCUCUGGCAAUUCAGGGAUAAAUGCCCCUGAAAAUGUGGUCAGGACAGCUGGUAAAGGUUCUUUGUUCUCCCACUGCUUCGUUUUUCCAGUGAAAUUUGUUCCUUGUGUUCCUCUUCUUCCCCCUGUUAAAAAACGGGUACAUUUUUCCCUGGUUCUGCCUCCCAUGAGGAGCUCUCCUCUCCCAGGUGAUCAUGAAUUCUCACCAUUCUUCAUUUACUUAACCCCCCCUGCACCUCAUACAGUUUCUCCCUCCUAACUCCCUUUACUAUUUUGUCUCUCUUUAAUUCAGAUUGACCUCAAUUUCUUUCUCUGAUUCCAAAAAGGGAUUUUGGUGCAUAACCUGGGAGACAAGCAGAAAAGCUCUCUCUGCGGAUGUCUGUGUACAUCCAUUACCUCCCCAGCACACACAGUGUAAGGGGCUCAGCCUGUUCCAUUCCUUUCCCCAGGUUUUUCCUAGAGCUAAGCAGACCACAGGCUGAAGCCAUUUCUUAUUUCUUUUGGUAAUUGAAAAUAUUAGGAGAUUUUCUUCUUCAGAAAUAGCCACUGCAGAUGAGCAGCUGGCACGAGAGAGGGUUGUUAUGCUUCCAUAUUCAGUAUUUUUAAUUGAGGAACAAAUAAUUUAUUUUGGGGAAAAAUGUAAAUUUUUUUGUAUUUGUAUGUCAAAGUGGCCUUUAUAGGAAAAGCACAUAAAAUAUUUAGAUUAAAAUUGCUUAGUUGUGUAAUUUUAGUGGGGAUUUUUGUAUUGACAGGGUUUCUAUGCAUUUUUCAAAAUAUACUUGCUGUUUUGUGUUAGAAUUAUUGGAAAUCUUUUUAAAAACAUGUAUUACCACAUUUUCCAUGGUUGAUCCCUUUACUAUCAUUCCUUUUGAAUAGUAAAAAGAUUUUAAUUAACCCUGUAAAUUAAUUUUCCCCCACAAAUAUUUGCAUUAAGUCAAUAGAAUGAGUUAUAGCACGGGUAUGUAGCUUUAAGGGAAUAAGCCUAGUAGUGCAGCUUAAUUCUGGAGAGAUGUGUUUGCAGGAGGGCGGUACAGCAGCGUUUCAAUUGCACUUAAAUCACUAAAUUAGGAAAUUAGGUUUUUGCUGUACCUCACUAGGGUUUUGUUAAACCUUGUCCAUCCUGUAUUGUUUACACUUGAGCAUAAUUUAACAAUGUAUUAUUUGUGCAGUUUGCAGUUCUCCGUUCUGUUGGGAUUAUGUGAACGUUAACAGAUAGGAAAAGUUUUGGAGUGUGUGGUGUCCUCGUGGGUUUGACAUGAGUUUGGAGAGGAAGGAGAGGAAAGUUAGAUCCAUUAGAGUAUUUUUCCAUUUAAUUAUGUACAUGUUUUCACAUUAGCUGAGACUGAAUAACCGAACUUACAACUGAACUGUGAGUAGAAGUAGUGGUUUGGGGGUGGGAGAAAUGAAGGGGUUGCAGAACUGCAGGCAAAAACCCUUUAGCUGCACUGUGGUACAACUGCCCUGACUGCCUGUGCAAAGCAUAGCCCGAGGGGAUACAUCAGUCCCUGCUCUCAUUGCUCUGGUUUUACUUUCUCUUCUCGAGGUGUUACUGCAAGGUUUGCUAAGUAGGACCUUCCCAGGAAUGUCUAUCAACUGAGACCUGAGUUUUAUCAUUUUAUGUUUGUAGUUUUAAUUUUUGUUCUUGUUUCUGUUUCGUAGGAGAUCCCACAUGUUCACAGGUUAGGGUAAGUGCAGGCUUUCAGGUGUAGCCCCAAACGAGUUUCAUGCAACCAUGCAUUCUGUAAUUGAGGAAAAACGUGCAAUUCUAAUGGCACUUUGACCCAUUGCUGAAACACUGGGUUUUGCAAAUGAACAAACUCAACAAUUGAAAACACUCUGUGGCUUCUUUAGAUGUCUUGAAGGUGAAGCAAAAGGCAGUUACUCCAGUUGUACCCAUGGAUAAUUUGGUAUUGAUUUUAGAAAAACACUCAUUUCUUGGUUUACUUUAGUUGCCAUAAAUUGCCCAGUGAAGAGUCUGGUCCACCUCCAUUCGUUUAUUUUCAUGGAGUAGUUGCACAAAAACUGGUAACAGCAAAGUAGGAAAGCUCUUUGGUUACUCACCAGUAGCUUCCCUUGCAGAAUUGCUUUGUGGCUCACACGCAGUAUGAAAAGGGACACUGGAAUUUUCCUGGAUUUGGUAGCACUCGCUUUGUUUACGUGUUCAGUAGAACGUUGGGUGACUAAAGGGAGGUUCCCUUUUUAAAGUAUUUGACUUGUGCUUUGAGGACUUAGUUGCCACUGUGCAAAUUGUGCUGUAAUAUUGUACCAAGGAUCAGUGAAAGUGUUUUAUCUUUUUUAAUGUCGUUUGUAUUUGACUGGGUUUUAUAAAUGUAAGAAAACAGAGUGUUGUAUUUUGAUCUGAAAUUUGCGUAUGGUAAAAGUAACUUUGCUUUAUGUAUCGGAGGUUUGUUCAGAACUUGAAUCAUUUUAUAGAAGGGUACAGACCAAAAUUAAUUGUCUUAAAGGUGUUUAAUAAAUUAACCAAAUAAAACAUUGAUUGUUUGAAAACUUGUUAACUGCA